AUGGAGGUGUUAGAUACGUAUUUGAACGAAAUAUUUCAAUGUACUAACUCGCCCGUAAACGAACAACUAGUUAGGUUGUCGAAUUUGCUCGAUAUAAAUCCUUCUGUCAAUCCAUACAUCGUCAGGAUUAAUAAUCUACCAUUUCUACAAGAUAGAUAUUUGAAUGAUCUUAUUGACGGUAAGCACUUUUACAAAGAUGAAUGGCUCGCUUUUAAUGAAGUAGUUAUAUCGUUUAUCAGAUUAAGUAACCAAUUGAAUCCUUGGUCUAGUUUGGAGUCGUUUGACCUUUACACCACUUACAUAAAUGAUUUAUCAGUUGCAUUCAAUAACGCCAACAGAGGAUAUCUAAUUACAUACUUAGUCAAGAACACGAUACGAUUUGUUAUGCCCAUAGCAACGAAACUAGACUAUCAGUUGUACUACAAAGAAAAUUGCAUGAAACCCCGUUUAGCAUAUUUGGCAUCGAUCCUAUUGAAGAUCUUCAACAACAUCAGAUCGCAACUUUCAGGAGAUGCUAGUGACACUACCAUAAAAGUGUCAUCUAAGAGCUCGAUCAUUCUCUACAUUGGUAUCAAGCUUUGUCAGACGUACUUCAAGUUAUCGAAUCCGUUGUUAUGUCGUAACAUCUUCAGUAACAUGAAUAAUGCCAACCUUGUCAUGGGAAAAUACGACAUGAAUGAACAGAUCCAGUACCGUUUCUACUUGGGCCGAUUCUACUUUUUGAAAAAUCAAUUGGUAGAUGCAUAUACACACCUUCUCUGGUGUCUUCAACGAUGUCCAGCGGUGACCGAUUCGUCCAACAUCACACGAAUCCUCCAAUACCUCAUACCCAUCAGCAUCGCUAUUGGCAAACGUCCUAAUUUCAAUUUCCUCCAGCAAAUGUACUAUUCAUCGCCCAACACCACCCCAUCAUUUUUUGCAAUUUACCUGGACAUUUCGCGUGCUGUGUCGAUGGGUGACUACGCCCGCUUCCACGCUUCUAUCACUAGUCCUUCUGUCUACGCCUACCUCAAGGAUGCAGAUCUCCUCGUGUUACUCUCGUCCAAAUGCGUGUUACUUGUGAUCCGAAAUCUUAUCAAACGUCUUUGGGUGAUCGCAGGAAAAGUCCCAAAACUAGACUACGAUUCGAUCAAAUUGGGUCUCUCGGCCUCGGUGUCGCUCCCUGAUGGCACUCCGCUAACUUCGCUUCCCUACUCGAUGCAUUCGUUCGUCUCGCAUGCCCCCGAUGACCUCACCAUCGAAAACAUCUUGAUUUCGCUCAUCGACCAAAAUCUACUCAAGGGAAAGCUUUUUCCGAGACUCCGAGUGGUGUCGCUCUCUAAAGUCAAUGUGUUUCCUCCCGUCGACCAUAUCAACUUCCUACGCUUUGGAAACGGUCCAGAGGGCUCCCUUAACUCCUCGGACGGGUGGCUUAAUAACUAG